GCGUCGUCGUCCAUUCGCCUCUCCCGCUUUCGUCGAGCUCAUCGCGCGACCACGUCCCCCGGACGUCCUCCCGAGCGACGUGCGACGUCAACCUGUCCCCCUCGCCGGGCGCUGCUUCGAGAUGUCUCCCCCCCUCCGGCCGAUCUGUCAUCGUGCGUUUAGCGGCGGCUCGAAGGGGGCACCCGGGGCACCCUGUUCCCCUGGCCGCUUCCCCGACGUCGAUGAGAUUCGCGAGGAGGUUUACGUAUUCAGCGAAUUUAACGCGCGAUGAGAAUCGACCCUCGCCGUUGUCGAGCGGAUUUGAUUGACUGUCAAGCGACGUCGUGGGAAGAUCUUUCGUAAUUCAUCCGAGAGAAAGCUCCGAUAUUCUUUCUUCCACUUUUCCCCUUUUUUCGGAAGACUACGCGCGAGUAUCUUAGUAAUUCUUGAAUGGAUCAGCCUCAAGAUCCAGAGUGUCUUUGAUCGUGGAUGAAAGGAAUGGCAGAAUUGAUCUUUGUGACUCAUAUCUGUAGUUGUUGUCAUUUUAAUGAUAUCGUGACUCAUCCUUCCUGCUUACGUUGCCCUACGUGGAACUCAGAUUGCGCUAUCAUGUUAUUGUUUCAGCAUUGUCAACUGCGUCGCUCUGGAACUUAUCAUUGCAGUUUCUCACUCAUAAUGGACCAUGCGCAAAGUACAAGCGAACGCACGAAUAUGGAGUUUGUGAGGCAGUCGUACAUUGCCUGUAAUACUUUUUCUCAGGGGGUGUCAUGGAAAUAUCAAAAGUUCUGGCUACUGUAGACUUUCCAGUGCACAGCUGAGGCAAACGGAAUCUGAGAUGGACUCCCCGCCAUCAUGUUCGCUAAGCGCUGGGCCUCUCAGUGAUCUUGGUAGCAGUGGCCUGGGGGGUUCGAUAUCCAGCGAUUCCGUUAGGGCACAUCUUGCGAUGGAGAUGCAGGAGAGCGACAUAGAGAGCAAGUCUCUAUCGCAAGAUUCUUUCGAUUAUUCGGACGGCAUGUGCGGCGAGAAUUUCAACACCCUGAAGAAGGGCCCGGGCUGGGGUGACGCGGACGGCAAGUUGGAGGUCGAGGUGGUCGACGUGGCGAUCAAGCCGCCGCCGGAAUUUCAGGACAGUCCGUCGCCGCCAGACUCGGAGUCCUCGUCAGUGCCGAUUCUGAACUACGCGCGAUUGAUGAGACGCCGAACGCCGCGCUGGAUCGACGACUACGCCGAGAACCUGGUGCAGUCGAUGAUGGAGGAGGGGCUAGCGAUCUCUUGCCGCAUCUCCUGGCCGGAAGGGAGGAUCGCGCCAGUUACGAUUCCGGUUUCGGUGGUGGCCCGGUCCCAGCAGACCAAUCCUAAACGCAUGUGGGAUCUAAUGACGCCACCGGUGUGCCAGGGCGCUGCCACUAUCACCAUUACUCCGUACAAUACGCUGAACCGGCCGAACUCGCGCUGCUCGCUGGCCUCCUCGCGACUGUCCAGCUCGCACAAUUCCAUCAACACCACCGGGCUCGGCCACAAGGCUGACGACAGCAGCUUCAUUACAUCCGCGAUGUCGCACGAUGUGUUGACCACAAGUGAGAUUAGUGACAUGUACAACGUACCCUUUGAUUCAGACAUUUACACAGUGCCAAUCGACGUGGUGCGGCCGCUACACGAUCUGCGAACGCCACAGCGGCCUAAACGGCACCGGCAUCAUCGCAAGAGACGGCGGAACGUUUCUGCGAGUUCGCAGAGCGAGUUGGAAGCGCACAUCCAGCAGGCGCGUCAUUAUUGCGGCAAAUCCCGUGCCAUCACGCAUGUCAUUAAAUCUCAGCGUUUGCUGGCCGAUGUGUGCUGCAACGAGGGCAAUCCUGGUGUCGGUGGCGCAAGCGGUAAUGGUGGUAUUAGCGGCGGUGGCAACGGCGGUGGUGCCGGCGCCGGCGCCGGCGGCGGUAGUGGUAGUGCUAGUGGUGGCGGUAAACGACACAGCGUGCCGGGUACUUCCGGUCGUCACGGUGUCAGAGCGUCGAACGGACAUGCACAUAACAUCGGCGAGCCGAUCCACAUGACCCUGCACGAGGUGCGACAGUAUCUACAGACGUUGUACUCGAGCUCGAGCGAUUCCAGCGAGAAUAAGAUCAAACGGGACAAGGCUCCUUUGCUGGGCCACACGCCGGUGCAUCUCGCCGCGACGCCUAAGGCUCUCAGUGUAAAUAAUAAUAAUAGGUAUAACAGUAACGCGCAUACGGACUCGUCCACGGACACGCCGGUGUCCAACAAGAGCACUAGUAACGGCCUGAUGAUCCAUCACCACAACAAUAAUAAUAACAAUCAUAACAACAAUAACUCCAAUAAUGUAAAGAAGCACAAGAGGAACGCGUUUGUCGGCAUCAGGCACAAGAAAGCGCGCGACGAGUCGCACAAAGAGAAGAGCGAGUCCGAGCGGGAGAAGAUGAAGAAGAGUCAGCGUAAUUUCUCGCUGAAUCUCAAGCAGACGCUCUGUAAUAUCUUCCGAUUUCGACGACUGGGUUCCCCGGACCACUUUGUGGAGAAACGGAACAGCAUCGUGCAGGGAGAGAUUGUCGAGGAGGAGGAGGGUGUUGACUCCGAUCAGCACACGAAUAACAACAACACCGCUCCGUCUGAGGUAGAGCCGUCCGCGCAGAAACUGCCGUUCUUCAAGCGCGCUUUGCCACCUCUGCCCAAGAGUAAUAGUCAAGUAGGUGUAGAGCAGGCGGAGGAGGCUCUUACGGCAAUGGCGCCCAAGUGCGAGUCACCGAGCUCGGUACAGCAGCAAGUUCCGCCGCCUGUCGUGCGACCAGAAGAAGACGCCACGGAGGACACGAGUAUGGAUUUUGCAGCUAGUAUCGAGAAAGUGAAGGAUUACGGAUGGUAUUGGGGACCUAUAUCCGGCGAAGCGGCGGAGAAGAUACUAUCCAACGAACCGGACGGCUCGUUCAUUGUGCGGGACAGCAGUGACGAUCAUUACAUUUUUUCCUUGUCAUUCAGACUCAACAGUUGUGUGCGACACGUAAGGAUAGAACACGAUCAGGGUAAUUUUAGCUUCGGCAGCUGCACGAAGUUCAAGUCGCACACUAUCGUUGACUUUAUCGAGAACGCGGUCGAGCACUCGCGCAGCGGUCGCUAUCUCUUCUUCCUGCACCGGCGGCCGGUUUUGGGCCCGAUGCGGGUACAGCUGCUUCACCCGGUGUCGCGCUUCAAACAGGUACAGAGCCUGCAGCACACGUGCAGGUUCGUCAUCCUGAAGAUGGUGCGCAGGGACUUGAUCCCGACCUUACCGUUACCCCGGCGGCUCAUCGACUAUCUCAGCACGCCCCAUUAUUACAGCGAGCAGCUGGCGGCCGAACAGGACGACCGGGCCGAAUCGCCGGUCAGCUCGUCGACUGGCGAACUGGAGAAGAUCUGCUUCACGCCGCAGGGUCUCUCGUGAGGUAUAGCCGUAUGACUUUUCCCUCUUCCUCCGCUCCGCUCUCUGUGCAAAGAGACUCUUGCGCCGAGCGUCGCCCGCGGCGUUAACGCAAAUUUAAUUCACGGUUUAAUUAACUAUUCGCAACAUGUAAAAAUUUACAUCGCCGUUUGAUUCAGACUCAGCCGACGAUGCAAAAAUUUAAAAGGUCGCUGAAUUAAAUUCCGGCUGGAGAUAAUACGGGAUUUCAUCUGUAUUAAAAUGUUAUGUUACUGACGCGUAGAAAUUAAUUUCGUAACUUCAAUUAAUUUUGUUGUUUACAUGUAAAAAUUUAUCUUUACUUGAUUGAGUUUAUGUCAGUGAAUAAGAACUCAAUUUCUUAGCUUAAUUAAAUACAUGUUAACAUUAACAUACAAAAAUUCAACAUUUGCUACUGAAUGAAGUUCUGGAUAAAGGAAUUUACCAACAGAUUCAUUAAAUCGACUUAACUGACGACAAAUAUAAAUCAUCGUCCUGACAAUUUGACCAUUGGUUUUGGUCAGAUUAAUUGUUAAGACAUUUCGAUCAUGGGUUUUUUGGUCCUUUUAAAAUUGAUGUAAUUUUGAAGCUUUUAUAUACUAGCUUGAUACACCCGUGCUUCGCUACGGUAUUCGCAAAGGAUUCUAUAAUUCACCUCCGAAUUUAGAUAUGUCCCUUUAGGGGUUGAUUAGGAUAAAAUCUUGAAAUGGGUA